AUGUUGCAAUUUAAAUUGGUUUUAUUAGGUGACUCGUCUGUAGGUAAGUCUUCCAUCGUUCAUCGUUUUGUUAAGGACACGUUCGACGAAUUACGUGAAAGUACGAUUGGUGCUGCUUUUCUAUCUCAAUCGAUCACCAUUCAUCCAAAUGAUGGUAAUGAAGCGAAUGCAAAGGGCGUCGUUGUAAAAUUUGAAAUUUGGGAUACCGCUGGCCAAGAAAGAUACAAAUCAUUAGCACCAAUGUACUAUAGAAACGCCAAUGCAGCUUUGGUGGUUUACGAUAUCACUCAAGAAGAUUCAUUGCAAAAGGCAAGAAAUUGGGUGGAUGAAUUGAAAAAUAAAGUAGGCGAUGACGACUUGGUCAUUUAUUUACUAGGGAACAAAGUGGAUUUAUGUCUAGGGACACCUGAUGCUGAAAUAAGCCAAGAAUCAAACGAAGAUGGGGAUAAUGAACAAAAGGUAAGAGCAAUCAGCACAGAAGAAGCGAAACAAUAUGCACAAGAACAAGGUUUAUUGUUUCGAGAAGUGAGUGCCAAAACUGGUGAAGGUGUUAAAGAUAUUUUCCAGGAGAUUGGUGAGAAAUUAUACGAUCUGAAGAGGGACGAGAUUUUGUCCAAGCAAAAUAGACAGAUUAAUGGAGGUAAUAAUGGCCAGGUAGAUAUUCAUUUACAGAGGCCUUCUACCAACGACCCAACCUCCUGUUGCAGUUGA